GCCAGUUCCGACAGUCGUCAAACAUUCGGCCACGCGUCACGUCGUGCACCUCUCUGCUGUACUCCCACCGACGAAUUGCCACGUUUUCAUCGAGGUACAAACAGCCGCUGGAACGCCGGUCGUUUUUGGUCCGUCGAUACUUUUGAUCGUUUCGGAUUUGUCAUCCACCCAACCGACCGGUGUACAGAGUACCGCGACAUGAAGUCCAGUUGGUUACGCGUGUCCGUGGCGUGCGUCGCCGUGGUCGCGAUGGUGUCCGCGGCCAACCAACCGCAACAGUCCAGCCAGGUGGAGACGUUGCCCAACGGUCUUAAAAUCGAAUACGUGUACACGUUGGACGGAUGCGAGCCCAAGUCCAAGGUCAACGACAUGCUCACCAUGCACUACACCGGCAAACUGGUGGACGGCACCAAGUUCGACUCUAGCCAUGACCGAGAUCAACCUUUCACAUUCCAACUUGGCGUGGGACAAGUGAUCAAAGGAUGGGAUUUGGGAUUGACUAAAAUGUGCGUCGGCGAGAAGAGGCGACUGACCAUUCCGGCUGACCUAGCGUACGGUGACCGUGGAGCGGGAAAUGUCAUCCCCGGAGGAGCCACGUUGAUCUUCGACGUUGAACUGUUGAACGUUGGUGACCAAGCGCCUACCACGAACGUGUUCAAAGAAAUCGACCAGGACCAAGACAAGCAACUGUCGAGAGACGAGGUCAGCGAGUAUCUUAAGAAACAGAUGGCUGCGGCUGAAGGUGCAGAGGGCAGCGAUGAUAUCAAGCAAAUGAUGUCCGACCACGAGAAGCUUGUCGAAGAAAUAUUCCAACAUGAAGACAAGGACAAGAACGGGUUCAUAUCGCACGACGAAUUCACCGGACCUAAACACGACGAGCUGUAAGGAAAAUGGACAUCCGAAAACACAAUAUAUAACUUCCAUUCAUUUCAUCGAUAUACGCGUGUGUAUAAUAUAAAUAAAGUACAAAUGCGUUAGGAUAAUAUCAAAA